AUGGCGAGAGAUUGUAAAAAGAAAGGUCGUGAAGAAGGAAACGUUGCUGUAACCGAAGAUGAAGAAGGCUGGAAUGUGGAUGGGUUACUUGCACAAGACUAUGAUCAAGAUUUUAUUGAAGAGCAUGCUUUCACCGUUUCAGUGGAACCACAAGUUAACAAGCUGGAUGAUUGGAUAGUCGACUCUGGGUGUUCAAAUCACAUGACUGGAGAACGAGGUAAGUUAUCUAAUCCAACUAAGUAUUCUGGGAAUAGCAUUGUAGUAAUUGCAGACAACUCUAGACACAACAUUGAAAGUAUUGGCGAUGUUGUGUUUCCCUCUAAAACCGAAGGCAAGGAGUUAGUUCUUACGUAUGUGUACCAUGUUCCUGGGAUGCGGAAAAACUUACUUUCAGUUCCACAAAUGACUGAUGCUGGGAAGUAUGUUGUGUUCGGUCCAAACGAUGUUAGAGUAUUUGAGAAGUUUGAGACCCCGUCAAAACCAAUACUACAAGGUCAUAGGAGAGAAAGUGUGUAUGUGCUAUCCGCUGAAACAACGUAUGUUGAAAAGACCAAGAAUUCGCAAAUAGUUGAUCUUUGGCAUCAACGCCUAGGUCAUGUCGGCUAUGAAAAAUUGGGCAUCAUUAUGAAGAAAGACUCUGUAGUCGGUUUACCCAAGUUAGAAGUUAAUAAAGAUGAAAAAAGCGAGGCCCUUGCAAAGUUUAAAGAAUUCCGUUUAGAAGCCGAGCGAGUCACUGGUAGAAAAAUUAAGUGUCUUCGGUCGGAUAAUGGUGGGGAAUAUACAAGUCAAGAAUUUGCAAGUUUUCUUAAAAGUUGUAAAAUUGGAAGGCAGUUAACAUGUGCAAAUACACCCCAGCAAAACGGAGUGUCUGAACGAAAGAAUCGACAUUUACAAGAAGUCUCGGGUAGUUUGCUUCAUAAUAAAAAUAUUCCUCAAAGGUUUUGGGCAGAAUCGAUUAGAAUUGCAGCCUAUAUUAUUAAUCGAACUCCUCAACAAAGUUUCAGUCAUCUGAGACAAAAGUUAGAUAAAAAGGCGGUUCGUUGUAUUUUUGUCGGCUAUGAUGAAGAGCGCAAAGGAUGGAAAUGUUGUGACUCGAAUACUGGAAAAUGCCUUGUUUUGAGGCACGUAGUGUUUGAUGAAAAUUCUGCUUGGUGGUCACGAGUUAAUGAUGUUUUACCCGAUACAGAAGAUUUAACCGAGAAGCUUAAAACUUCAUUCGUAAAUCUAACCGUUGAAGAUGAUCCAGAAGUGGAAGUUUAA